AUGGGCCUGAAGGUGGGCAGUGAAGAUGAUAUUCUCUUGAUUAGUAUUCUUGCUCAUAGGAUACUGAGAAGGUUACAUGAUGGUAAGUUUAGCGAACAACAACUUGGGAAGAAAUUGGAGCGGAUGCUCUAUGUUGUCCUGGAUGUUGUGGAUAAUGAGACAUCACUGGGGAAGAGGCCGAUUCACUACCUGAAUUUUGAGUGGGAUGCUUAUCAUCACCUCAAAGUGCCUUACGACAUGUUGGGAAGUGUAGAUGAAACUAUGGCAAUUAGGAUGUGGAUUACAACCCUAAGGGCCACAUUAGACGAUAUGAAUGAUGCUGUUGCAGGUUAUGAUCAUUCAACACCAUCCAUGGAAGACAAAGAAGAAGAUAUAAACAGUCAUUUGUCAGAUCCCCCUCUCUAUUGGUGGAGAGGGGCGAAAUCUUUGAAGUUGGAGGCUAAUCUUCGUCAUAGGGAAAAGGCAUUAUCUGCGGAUGAGACUCGAGUGCAAGCGUCAACAUUAUCCUUCCCCCAAAUUAUUGCAAAGCUUCCACAAAUUGGAGUUCAGGGAUUAUACAGGGGUUCUAUACCAGCUAUACUCGGUCAAUUUUCAAGCCAUGGACUAAGGACAGGAAUCUUUGAGGCAAGCAAGCUUGUAUUGAUAAAUUUUGCCCCCACACUUGCAGAGCUUCAGGUGCAAUCUAUAGCAUCAUUCUGCAGUACAAUCCUGGGUACAGCAGUGCGGAUACCAUGUGAGGUGUUGAAGCAGAGGUGUCAGGCUGGUAUCUUUGACAAUGUGGGAGAAGCACUUGUGGGUACUCUGCGACAAGAUGCUAUCAAGGGUUUCUUUCGUGGGACUGGUGCCACACUGUGCAGGGAGGUUCCUUUCUAUGUUGCUGGCAUGGGACUCUAUGCCGAGUCCAAAAAGGGUGUUCAGCAGUUCCUGAGACGAGAACUGGAGCCAUGGGAAACAAUACUUGUAGGCGCAUUGUCAGGUGGACUUGCUGCCGUCGUCACAACUCCUUUUGAUGUGUUGAAGACAAGAACGAUGACUGCCCCUCAGGGUCUUCCCGUUUCAAUGUCAAUGAUAGCCUUCUCCAUCCUCCGCCAGGAAGGACCCCUCGGUCUAUUUAAGGGAGCACUUCCAAGGUUCUUCUGGAUCGCGCCAUUGGGUGCCAUGAACUUUGCAGGCUACGAGCUCGCACGGAAGGCAAUGGACAAAAAGAAUGAAGAGCAAAUAGCAAAUGAUCAGCUACCCGAAAAGAAGCUCGCAAAUGCUGGGUAAUGCUCCUCGAGAACACCCUGCAUCUUUAUCUGUCGACCAAACAAAACAACUGUAACAUUUCUUGGAACUUUAUUUUGUUUUGUUCUUUUUGCAUAUAUAUUCCAGGAGAUUUUGUUUUUUACAUUUGAGGUGGGCCGAAGUUUUGAUAAGUUUGGUACAUAAACAGAUUAGCAAGAGAAUUUGUUAGUUAACGAGCCGCCCUUACUUUUCUAUCCUCUAAUGUACAUUUGAUUCUGUUUACACGCUUCUCCAUUUUUUGUGGCCAUGAAACCAGGAUUGAACUUCAACAUCA